GAUAUUGAAAUAUCUCUAAAAGCAGCUACAGCUCCUUUUUUUUGUCAGUUGGGCAGUUUGAGCUCUUGUUGGCAGAGUUGGAACCACAUCUGAAGAGGCAGAGAAAGGAUUGACCCAGAGCAGCGUUUAGUGAUGUGUCUGAGGUACAAACAGGAUUAUUUUAUUGUUUCCAUAUCAUUGUAUUUUCAGUAAAGUAUUGAGCUAUGAGUGCACUUGUUGCCAAAUGAAGGGUGUCUGAUUGGUCACACCUGUUUAUUUGCUUGCAAAAUCAGGAAAAUCGAGAAAAUAAUUGCUGCAAAUUUGUCACGUGAAAUUAUGGUGUCUGUGUAAACGGCUGAAGAAAACGUGAGUCAGAAAAAUACUUUUUUUCAAAGGCCUCAACCCAUUACAAGUCUCUGCUAAGCCAGUAGCUGCUAGGAGUUUUACAAGUUCCUCAAUAAAUCCUGAUCAAUUUUCGUUGUGUUAAAAAAGCAGGUCGUCGAAGGUAUUCAUCAAUGCAACUGUUUUAUCACCUCUGAGAUAAAGUCAGUGUAGAAAAAGAGUAGAUAAAAGGCUUGCAUUCACCCAGAUGUUCAAAGUCAAAUGUCAUGAGUUUGACAUCAUAGUUUUGUGCUGUGCAACUGUUAUCAGAACAUUUAUGAGAAGAAUUGAUAUGCUUGGAGACGUACGAUUUCAAUGGACUGGACAGUUUUCAGGUGAAACCAGUACAUCCCUGUUCACGCCACAUGAAGCGUCUGACUUGGUUUGACAUGGCUGUGAACACCCAUUACCUCAGCGAGCAUGUCACUGUUUUUGAUCUUUCCAUGCACUCUGCUACAUCAUUUCUACCUUCUAAUUGGGAUUCUUCUCACAUUGGAGCGGCACAAGCUUUCAAAGACAAAGGUAUUUUCACAGAGACAGGUGUGAAGCCUCCCAAGUGUUUGUCAGUGAUAAAAUGAAUUAUACUCUUACUAGAAAGCAGCCUUGAUCAUAACACUGCCAAACUUACUUUCUUAAUGCUUCUUAAAUCUGAACUGUUUGAAGAGUCUUACCAGUGUGCACUACAUCAGAACACCACAUGCUUUUUAGACUGUUAUUUUAAGCAGACAGCUGCUGGUGUUUGACCAUGUUGGUUUAGCAUGAGAUAAAAUAUGGGACUGAAACCAAGAUUUUUGGUGUUGAUGCUAUUGUUGUUUACUCGUAAACUGUAGAUGGAUUUUGUCUUGUUGUGUUGAUUUGGAAAUAAAGGUUUAAUCAUAUUUGUGUAAUGUACAUUGGAAUUGACAUUAGAUUGAACAGAUGAUGCUAGAUAUACACAGUGUUAAAAGGAAGGUCUGGGGCACCAGUUCAGCUCAGUGCGUUGAGCAUGCGACCACAUGCCAUAUGGCCGAGAGUGGCCGGCCUGGGUUCGUAGUCCGACCCGCGGCCCUUUGCUGCAUGUCUGCCCCUGCUUUCCUAUCCUCUCUUCACUGUAUCUGUCAAAUAAAGCUGAAGAUAUGGAUCCCUGAUUUUAAAUAAGAAUAAAUUUACUGUUAGGUACUUACAGUGCGUUCUACAUAUUCUCUCUCUCUCUUACUCAUAUGACAGUUUUGUUCUCUGCUUUUUUUUCUGAUAAAAUAAAAUGAUCCACCAGCAAAGAUUGUUCAAAACAAAAAUGCAAAUUUGUGCAGUCAUGAAAAUAUCUUGGUUAGAAAUGUUCUCUUUCGAUGUUAGUACUGCUACUAACCAGGGACGCUUUACCAGAUGGGCUCAUUAUUUUUAUCCACUUCCACCUGCCAGCAAUCAGUCACCGUAAUGAAUCCCAGAGCUUUUCCAAUCACAUCUAGAAAAUGACACAGUAUUUAACAUCCUAUUUGGUAACUGGUGAGGGGUAACGCAUGUGGACUCCCUCAGUUUAAUGCUGUAAAAACCAAGGGAGUAAAUUUGCUCUCUCUCUCCACCUCUAAACCAGCUGACACUAACUAAUUGACUUGCUGUACGGCUUAAUAAUACUAAAAGCAGGAAGAGCCAUCUAGCCAACUCAUUACAUAGGACUAAUCCUUUAUAGUUAAUUAACUUUUAUUUUUCCAGUGUGUCAAACAAGGGAAAAUGUAUAAUGCUGUCAAGGGUGGCAAUUUUUCUUACUUCUAUAUCCACCUGCUACAUGUGAGAGGGACAUUUUAAUGCCAAUGUUGGCACAGAAAUGUACGAAUAGGCUAAAUGCAGUAUGCUGAGAUAUUUUCAUGCUGGAAAAACACUAAGUUGAUUUUCAUGUUCAGAAAUUCAUAACACAUUUCUUGUAGCAUUCCAGCUCCAGCAUCUUACAAAUAAAUGAACAGCAUGCGUGGGUGGGCGGGUGUUCCAGCGUGGGAGGUUUUGCACUGUGGCUUUUCUCAUGCCUUUGAAGGUUGUGCAUUCAUGGCUGUAUUUUUGACUGGUGAAAAUCCCACAGAUUUGACUCACAUGAAUGGGCCUGCUGCAGACAUAUGUGGAUGCUGUUUAGUGAUGCGUGGUAAAGAGGAUGGUGUAAAACUCUAUCUCAUAAAUGAAGAGAGAUGGAAGAGCGAUUACCAUGUUCAGAUUUGAAUUUGAACUUUUAUUCUGGUUUGUCAAAAUAAGAGUGUACUAAUAAUCAUGGUCUCUCUCUCUCUCUUUCACGAGGGUGGCGUGGACACCCAAGUUUUGUGUAUGUAAUCCUACGUCAUUUCAGAAUGAGGUGACGUAGAAUUUUGAAAUUGAUACAAUAGUACUACUAAAAAUAUCGAGUUUGAGGUUUUCGAAAAAGGUGGCAACACAGAGUUUUCAAAUUGAUACCAUAGGUUCCUCUAUUCGAAGGCUGGCGCCUGUACAUUAUUUUAAUACUGAGUUUAGGGAUUAUUGUCAAUUGCUCUUAUUUGGCUUUUUCAAACACUGACAUUUUUAAGGAAGAAAUACAGAAAAAUUAUGACAACUGCAGACGUCUGUCCAAUGCAUGUGUAUAUAACCAAGUUCCAAGUACCUCAUUGCAUAUUUAAAGAUUUUAAAGAUUUAAAGUCCUUCCAUCCUAGACCCCUGGUUUAGUGUCUGAAAAUGUUUAAAUAAAAGCUUUGUGAAUAUUCUGUCAAGUCAUUACAUCCAAAGCAGAUGCAUCCAUAUAUAGCUUUUGUGUGUGCAAAAAUUAACAAUGAUUGCGAUAACUGUCUUUUGUUGUUUAUCUUUUUAUCUAUGAAGUUGGAUUUUGCAUUGGUGGUUGUUGGGGAAAAAAAACAUACGUGAACAUUCAACAAGUCCCAUGCUAGAAGUACCAGUACAUUGUGAGAAUUUUCAAGGUCACCUUGAUUGGAUUAUUCUUUGGUUCUUUGGUUCACAUCAAACAGAACUUGAAUGAAAAAUAUUAAUGCAUACUUUCAAAAGCUCUUAAUCUGUCACAAAUCUUACUUGCUGUCAAGGUUUCACAGAAACACAGAUAAAUAAAUAAACUGAUGUAAUCAUUUCUGUGUAUGUAUUAUUUCUGCAAUAUUUUUAGUUCUUCAAAUUAAAUUUUUGUUGUGGGUUUGUUGUUUUUCAAUUCGGUCUAAUCACACAAAUUACACCAUUAACCACAUUGCUUAGAGGUAAAAAAAAAAAACGGUACUUUUAAAAUCUUUAUAUAAUGCAAGUAGAGUAGUCGUAGCCUGCUUUGGUAGCAUGUACAUAUUGGAAUUUACACAUUUCUCUUUCUUGCUUCUAGGUCAUGGAACCAAAGGGGUGUUUGAGCUCUUGGCGGGCUGGAGGAGAACCAGGGAAAACCUCCCCUUCAAAGAGCGAGUUGCAGACGCGUUUGCCGACGUGAUGGUGUGCUACACUAUGACCAGUUCACUCUACAUCAUAACGUUUGGCAUGGGAGCUAGCCCUUUUACUAACAUCGAGUCAGUGAAAAUCUUCUGCCAGAGCAUGUGUGUGGCCAUCCUGGUCAACUACUUCUAUGUUUUCUCUUUCUAUGGCUCCUGCCUGGUGUUUGCUGGACAGCUUGAGCAGAACCGCUACCACAGUGUUUUCUGCUGUAAAAUCCCCUCAGUGGAGUACCUGGACCGCCAGCCCACAUGGUUUAAAACCAUGAUGAGUGAUGGCCACGACCUGUCCACACACCAUGACAGUGUACCAUACCAGAAUCACUUCAUCCAACACUUUCUGCGAGAGCACUACACAGAAUGGAUUACCAACACCUAUGUCAAACCAUUUGUGGUCAUUCUCUAUCUUAUUUAUGCUUCUUUCUCAUUCAUGGGAUGUUUACAAAUCAGUGAUGGAUCAAAUAUUGUGAACCUGUUGGCGAGUAACUCUCCAAGUGUUUCGUACGCUCUAACUCAGCAGAAGUACUUUAGUAACUACAGUCCAGUGAUUGGAUUUUAUAUUUAUGAACCCAUUGAGUACUGGAACUCCACAGUGCAGGAGCACUUGAAGACUUUGAGUCACGGUUUCAACAAGAUCUCCUGGAUGGACAACUUUUUCCACUACUUGCGGGUAGUGAAUGUGAGUGCAUCAACUAAGAACGACUUCAUCACCAUCCUUAAAGGUUCCUUCUUGCGUAGCCCAGAGUACCAGCACUUCACAGAGGACAUCAUAUUUUCCAAGAACAGCGAGACUGACGAAUAUGACAUCAUUGCUUCAAGGAUGUACUUGGUAGCACGAACCACUGAGAAGAAACGUGAGGAGGUGGUGGAGCUUUUGGAAAAGCUUCGGCCCUUGAUGCUGAUCAACAGCAUCAAAUUCAUUGCCUUCAAUCCAACGUUUGUGUUCAUGGACCGGUAUAGCUCCUCUGUCAUCUCCCCCAUUCUGACCUCAGGCUUCAGCGUACUCACCAUCCUCAUCCUCACUUUCUUCCUGGUCAUCAACCCAUUGGGAAACUUUUGGCUCAUCCUCACAGUUACAUCCGUGGAGCUAGGUGUCUUGGGUUUGAUGACUCUCUGGAAUGUCGGCAUGGACAGCAUCUCAAUCCUGUGCCUUAUUUAUACCCUCAACUUCGCCAUGGAUCACUGUGCACCACACCUGUACACUUUUGUGCUGGCCACCGAGCACACUAGGACGCAGUGCAUCAAGUUGGCACUGGAGGAGCAUGGGGCUGCCAUCCUGCAGAACACAUCUUGCUUUGUGAUUGGGAUCAUGCCCCUGGUGUUUGUGCCUUCCAAUCUGACCUACACACUGUUCAAGUGCUCCCUCCUCACCGCGGGCUGCACUGUGCUGCACUGCUUUGUCAUUUUGCCUGUCUUCCUGACCUUCUUCCCGCCGUCCAAAAAGAGGCACAAGAAAAAGAAACGGGCCAAGCGGAAAGAGCGGGAGAGGGAGAGGGAGAGGGAGCGGGAAAGAGAAAGGGAAAGGGAGGAGAUAGAGUGCAUUGAAGUCAGGGAGAAUCCGGAUCAUGUGACAAACGUCUGAACAGUUUGUAAGGAUAGCAGUCAAUAGUAGUGCUGGAUGCUGAGGUACCUCUUGAGGUGCAGGGGAAUAUGACAUUACCCCUGAGGAGUGAGAGGUCAUCACUCCUAGCCAAUAGCAGCUAAGCUGGCCAGAAUCGAGUACAGCCCUACUGGUCAGAUGUGUAGUCCUUCAGUCUGGACAGUGUAUCUCAUUUGCACAAACUGCAACACGGUCAUGGUUCUAAGGCUCUUUUCCAACUCUUUGGUAUAUAGAAACAAGUUAGCUAGCAGAACACAUGCUUGCUCAAUCUGUAAGUAAAUCUUGAACACACAGUAUGUUAUUCCAUUUAAAUAUUAGUAAUUAUGUGUUUGUCUCCUGCAGCCCUCUUCUCAAAAUGAGUGAGGAUCAUAGCAGUCUAUUAAGCCAAGGACAUUCAAACAAGUUGGCAAAAGCAGCAAGAGCGAUAAAGAGUGUACAAAUUAAAACUGUGCAAACAAUGACUGUGCACACACAUUACUCCUCACACCUUGAUAAAGGUGAAAAGAAACAAAGCCAAAUUGCGUGGAAAGAGAGAAGCAGUGGGCUGAAAGCACACUGCAUGCUUUUCUGUAUCAUUAUAAAUAACCGAACAGCUGAACUGGGCAGAUGGCAUACACUGUGUCCAUUAUGAAGAAUUAUCUUGCACAUUGCAGUGUGUGAUUAGAACUGUCAAGGUUUAUAUAAGCGGGAAGCAAAUAUUUCUGCUUUAAUUCAGAGGUUGUAUCAGGUCUUAGGCAACAGCAGAAGGAACUGCAGUGGGCUGCAGCAUAUGAAGAGGAAGUGAUAAGUGACAGUCAUGCAGGAGUCUUUGAGAAGGCAGUAAGCCUGAUUCUUAGAGUAUGACUUAACUAAAUCCUAAACUGCUUUUGAACCCAAGCAGCAAAACCAAAAGUAAAGAGUGUUUCCGUGGCUUGAAACGUCGAACUUCCUACCAGAAAAUGUUCCCCCAAAAAAAGUGUGUGACUGUCCCCAAAAGCUUACUGUUACUGAAAUUGGAAGGUCUGAAUAUGAGUCAGUACAGCGGUGGUGCCAAACAGUGUACAGAACAAAAGUCUUGGCAAGAUUGAACAUUUACAUGAAGUCACAAGUUAUUUGAGCUUAUUUAAAGGAUUGCUGGUUGAUGUUGCCCAGGUUGUGAUGUGAAUUAUAGCACAGGCUGUAAAGUAUAGUGUCAGUGUGAAAAGAAGACAAAGGAAUCUAGCUGUUGUUGCACAUGUAGGAAAACAGAAAUCAGGAAAGCAAGAGUUAUUCAGAGGUCAAGUUAAAGAAAUCGUUAAUGAGUUAUUCCAUCAAGGUUACAGAAAAUAGCGGGCAACAGUUAGCAUGGGAAGUGACAACAACACUGUAAACGUGAGGGUGAAGACCAUUACUGCCACCUGCAGGGUUAAAGCUGGUCUUGUCAAUAUAGUAUCAGUGCAUUUGGAUCUAAUCCUUCAAAAUAAAAUUCCAUCAAAAACUUGAGUUGUCCUCUGCAAAUACCCUUUUCAAAAUUCACUUUUUGAAGUGCAAAAAUGGCUCCCGUCUCCCCCAGAAGGUAAACAGAAUUAUCUACGUGUGCCAAGGCCCGAUAAGGAUCUCUGUUGCAGCCCCAAAACAAACACACCCAAGGUCAGCUGCCCUCAAAGAUACCAAUCACACUCUGACCUCUAGCAGGCAGGUCUUAGCUGGUGGCAUGUGAUAGAGAGACCCCAUAUGUGAGCAGAUGUGGCUGAUUAAAGGCCAAUACCUUCUUAGGGGACGAGCUGCUUCUUACAGGGCUGUCAUUGAGGGGACACUGCUGUUUCAUCCGUUUGUGCUGCCAUCAAGAAAGUGACUCACACAGGGAAAAUAAUCGGGCAGCUUGGGGGUGGGGAGGUAAGAAUGUUCAUUUGGACCAAAUGUCAGUGUGAAAUAUGUGCAUAUGUUCGCAAAAUGAGUGCAUACAUCUGUGUGAUGAAUGGCUCGUUCUCAAAAACACUAUUAAAAUGACUUAAUGUGUAAAUCAGUGAACGAAUGAUAGACAAUUGUGGAAAGGAGACUUCAGCCUGUAUUACUUUACCAUGAAUGGAUUAUUUAAAGUUUCUGCUAUUUGAAAAUUGGUGUAGUUUCACUUUCAUCAACCAGGCACUACUAAGAAAUGAUGAGUUUUAUACAAGCUACUUGCUGCAGCAGCUGCAGUCUUAUGUAAAAGCCAUGGUGUGUAUGUAUAGCAAGAAGGCAUGAAACGUUGACAGAAAUGCAAAUGAAAUGGGAAAGAAAUGCAAAUCCUAAACAAUUUACUUCCCAGACUGGACUGUGUUUGCAUGGCACUGUAUUGUAUGUAUGCAUGUAUUUAAUUUCUCUCUAUGAAGACUAUGUAUUUUUUUCUUUUUUCUAUUAUUUUGCUACACUGUAGUGACUUACGUUUGUUGUUUGUUGUUUGGAUGCAUACUCUGUAACACCAUGUGCUGCAAAAGAACAAAAUGUGUCAUACUUGUUUCAAAACAAAAGCCAGAGGAUAUUUGUGUAAUAUAGCUGUAAAUUACUCUUUUCUAUAUUUUCUAAGAAAACAAAUAUACUAUAGAAAGAUUUUUAAUGACAAAUUUUCUUAAAACAAGCAAAUUAAAAAAAAAAAAAAAAAAAAAAAAAGGGGGGAAAAAAUGUUGAACACAGUAGGCCAGUAAUAAACAGUGGAAUGUUACCAGUA